CAAGAACGAUGAACGUGUUCGACAAUCAGUAUCGUAUUUAUCGUAUUUUAUUGAAAAUUAUAGGACUGUGGCCAUAUGACAACUCAAUCUACGUAUGGAUUCAUAGAUCAUGUUUAUUACUGUACUUUCUUUUCGGUGUAAUGUUUCAGAUUAUCCUGCUUAUAAAAUCUGAAAUUACGUUACAAAAUUGCAUUGUCACGUUGUCUGAGACUUUUCCUGUGUUGCUAUUUUUUUUGCGAUAUCUUCAUUUUGUUACACUGUUUUCUUAUACAGAAUUUUUGUUCGAUGCCAUAUGUUCAGAAGAACAUUUGUUACACGAUUCGAUAGAAAUACAAAUACAAACGAAAUAUCUCGAUAUUUCUAGACAUAUCAUCUACAUUUUUUGCUGGAUGUCUUUUAUUUGUGUUGUAGCGACGACUAUAUUUACGCUAAAUCCCAUAACAUUGGAUGUAAUAAUGCCUUUGAAUAAAUCUCGCAUUCACUAUAAUCUCAUAUUUCUUUCCAACAAUCGAAGAACAUAUAUUGAUAUUUUUAUGAUGUUAAAUUUGAUAAUAAUUCUGAUAUUUGGAUUAUUAUCUAUAAUAUGUACAGAAUCGUUAACUAAUAUUUUGAGUUACUAUAUAUGCAGACAAUUUCAUAUUGUCAGUUAUCGAUUACGAAAGAUCAUUGAGGAUCUUAGUAUGCCAAAUCUGCCUAAGAUAGACUUGAAACUUACAGACAUUCAUCGAGUAGUGGACAUUCAUUGCAAUGCUAUUGAGUAUGUCAAUAUAGCCUCACGUAAUGUAGCGACGCAAUAUCUGAUAGCGAUCAUUAUAUGCAUAUUCUCAUUCUCUGUAAAUCUAUAUCGCCUGUAUAAUGCAAUAAUAAAUUUGGACAAUCGAAUAGAAAUCUUCGUUUCUACUGUUAUAGUUACUUAUCAUUUAAUGAUCGCAUUUUACAAUAAUCAUUGCGGACAAUUAAUUAUUGACAGUAGUUUGGACAUAUUUAAUGAAUUAUUUGCUUCUACGUGGUAUCGCAUUCCUUUAAAAGCGCAAAAACUAUUAUUGUUUAUGAUACUAAGAAGUUCAAUCGGUUGUGAAUUACGUAUUUCUGGUUUAUUCACUGCGUCUUAUGCAGGCUUUACGUCGAUGAUGAGUUCGUCCUUCUCCCAUUGUGCCGUUAUAUACUCAAUUCAAUGAAUAUAAUCGAAUAUUACUGGAAUAUUACUUCAAUAUUGCAAUUAUAUGAUAUUGUUAAGAUUUGAAUAACGAAUAUUUGUUAAAUAUAAAUAUAUUUGUUAAACACAAGCAAUUGGAGUAAUAGUAUUUAAACAAAAUAAUGCUGUAUUUCGUAAAUCUAUUAAUCGUUUUACAGUUACUAAAAUAUUUAUUGUUGCAACAAUAAUUAAAUAAAUUUUUACAACACGAUUAAGUUUAAACUAUUUAUGCCAUAA